ACUCCUCUGAGCCAAGUAGCCAAUGGUUUAUUAGGCAGAUUAGUGAUUUAGAGGACUGUGAAAGAGAUAGCGAAAGGACAAGUGUCUGUUGCUGAUAACAACAAGGCCAUACCCUGAAACUCACAGAGUAGAGAAACGACAAAUUACAAAAAGAGGAAGAAAAAGCGAAGAAUGGCCAAAACAUUGAUGCUUUAACCCAAUUGCAGUUUCGAAAUCCUAUCUACUGUACUCUUCAAUUCACCUCCAAAAGCUACAGCAUCGGGAGCCAUGGCAAUGUGCUCCACUUUUUGUCCCCGUGUAUCCACUCACCUAAAUUGCAAACCCUUCUCCUUUUCCCCAGCUAAAACCCGUCGCUUCUUUGUUUCAUUCAAGGCCUUUUCUUCUCAAACUUCUGCUUCUACUCCCAAAGGCCAAAAAUGGCAAACUCUCAACUGGCACCUCUACAUAUCGACAACGAGGUUGGUCAUCAAGGUGAGAAUAGCAACAUGACGCCCGUUAAUGCUGGGCCACCCGUUAAUGCUGGGCUACCCGCUGAUGUCGUUUGGAUUCAGACUGUAGAUCCAAUGGAUGUAAAUUCACAUGUGACCAUCCACGCGAACUUGCGGACCGACCCUGAAAAUAACGUCCGUGGUGUAGCCCGAUCUGCAACUCGAAACACACAGAACAUUGAAGAAGACGGGAUUAGUCUACGCAUGAUCUUCGAAAUGCUACAAGCUCAACAGGUGGCGAUAGCUCAGUUGCAAAGCCAAGCCAGGCGCCAAGCAGGGUUGAACCCGAUCCACCCCAAAAAGUCACCCGCAGAACGGAACUGGCCAUGGUAAGGUCGAAUGAACAAGAAUCGGGGAUUAACCCCGAAAUUAUAAAAAUGUUCGAGGAGCUGACAAAGCGGAUAGUGUCAGGGGAAAAGAGGAUCGAAGCGAACGAUAAAAGGGUUGAAACCUAUAAUUCCAGGGUAGAUCAAAUCCCGAGAGCGCCCUUGAUAUUGAAGGGACUGGAUUCCAAGAAGUUCGUGCAAAAACCUUUUCCCCCAAGCGCGGCCCCGAAACCGAUCCCCAAGAAAUUUCGUAUGCUCGAAAUACCGAAGUAGAAUGGAACGACCGAUCCUAACGAGCACGUGACCUCUUAUACAUGUGCCAUCAAAGGGAACGACUUAGAAAACGACGAAAUCGAAUCUGUUUUACUGAAAACAUUUGGGGAGACCUUGUCGAAGGGAGCCAUGAUAUGAUAUCACAACUUACCUCCUAAUUCUAUUGACUCAUUUGCUAUGCUUGCAGACUCUUUCGUAAAAGAAUAUGCCGGUGCCAUCAAGGUCGAAACCAGAAAAUCAGACCUUUUCAAAGUCAAACAGAAGGAGCACGAGAUGCUCAGAGUUCGUGUCCCGUUUUCAAAUGGAACGAAUGGAUCUGCCGCUGGUCGUUGAUGAUUGGGCUGUUCAGGCUUUCACUCAGGGACUCAAUAUUCGAAGCUCGGUGACUUCGCAGCAAUUAAAGCAAAGCCUGAUAGAAUACCUUGCCGUUACCUGGACCGAUGUACACAAUCGGUAUCAAUCGAAAAUCAGAGUCGAAGAUGAUCAACUCGGGGCACCUUCGAAGUCUAUAUAUCCCGCCAGGACUCUCGAUAGACCCAAGAGGGACAUCGAUCGUGAACCAGGAUCAAACGGGGAUCGAUAUCGGCCCUAUAACGGAGAUCAAAUUAGCAGUGAGUCGGGACGGAACCCCAUGAGGAACGACAAGAGAAAUGAUCGGGGUCGAAGCAACCGGGGGCUCAUGACCAAAAAUGGCUUCGACAGGACCAUCAGGCCUAAAGAAGUACCAAGGCUAUCGGAGUACAACUUUAAUGUCGAUGCUGCCGCCAUCGUAUCUGCUAUCGGGCGCAUCAGUGAUACCAAAUGGCCUCGACCUCUACAAUCCGAUCCACCUCAAAGGGACCCUAACCAGAGGUGCAAAUAUCAUGGCACUCACGGUCAUAGAACGGAAGAUUAUCGACAGCUGAGGGAAGAAGUAACCCGUUUAUUCAACAAUGGGCACCUUCGAGAUUUUUGAGCGAUCGAGCCAAGAACCACUUUAGAAACAGGGAUUCUAACAAACCGACAAGACAAAAAGAUACUGAAUCUCAACACAUCAUAAAUAUGAUCAUCGGUGGAGUCGACAUCCCACAAGGGCCAAUGUUGAAACGCACCAGAAUCUCCGUCAGCAGGGAGAAACGAACUCGAGACUACACACCUGAAAGAGCCUUAUCCUUCAGCGACAAUGACGCAAAAUGGAUCAUACAACCUCACAAUGACGCACUGGUAGUAUCUGUACUCGUAAAUAAAAUUAGAAUCAAACGUGUGUUAAUUGAUCCAGGUAGCUCGGCCAACAUUAUUCGGUCGAAGGUCGUAGAACAGCUCGGUCUACAGGACAGGAUCGUGCUAGCAGUUCGAGUCCUAAACGGGUUCAACAUGGCAUGCGAAACCACCAAAGGAGAGAUAACGUUAUUGGUCAACACCGCCGGAAUCGUACGAGAAGCCAAGUUUUAUGUAAUCGAAGGGGAUAUGAGGUACAACGCCCUUCUUGGAAGGCCAUGGAUCCACCACAUGAGAGCAGUACCCUCAACUCUUCACCAAGUGUUAAAAUUUCAGUCCCGGGGGGGAUCAAGGCAAUCUACGGGGAACAACUAGCCGCUAAAGAGAUGUUUGCCAUCGAAGAAGUAAUUCCGAUAUCAACGCUCACAACACCGAAGGAACCGAAUUCUGGCACCGAUCCAAAAGCCAAAUAGCAAUUACCGACUCCGGUGAAAUCCGAUCAGAUAAGCAAAAGACUUACGAAGACAUGAUUACGGGGUUCCCCUAUCUUUUAUAAUCCCCGAUGACUCCGACGCAAUCAAAUCAACGGCCGAAAAGCUGGAGCAGGUUGUAUUAAUAGAGCAUUUCCCCGAUCGAAAGGGAUCCCACAAGAAAUAACCACUCACAGACUAAGGAUGGACCCGAAAAUUAGUCCGGUGAAGCAGAAGAGGAGGCCCCAGUCCGAGGUCAAACAUGCUUUCAUCAAGGACGAGGUAUCUAAACUCCUAAAAAUAGGGUCCAUUCGAGAGGUUAAAUACCCGGAUUGGAUGAAACAUACCUUUGGAAGUUAGAACUUAGAACUAAAUAGACUAACAUAUAUUCAAGAGUCACUAGUCAAAAGUUUUAAAUAAUUAGCUAUUCAA